GAGGGACUUUGAGAGGGAAUUAAGGACCGCGAAAUGUAGCGAGGGGCUCAGUCGUAAGCUCCUCGUGGCUGCCAAGGACGGUAUGACUGUCAAGCUAGACACAUCAAUGUUGGAUGCAUCGAGUAUUGCGAUGGAGGAUGCAUCCAAGAAGAUCGGAGACGAAAUAGCAUUGAGAGUGUGGAUGAUGACUGGCUAUAGAUGGAUUUAUAAAGACUGCAAACGGGGACUCCGGGGAUUUCCUGGUCCCAAACGUGCUGUCCAAUACCGGUAUCGAUGCUCUCAGGACCGAGGUGCUCAAAGGGCACCCAAAAAGGUUGCAGACGCCUCGAAGCAACGUGCGCGCAAAAGUAAACCUUGCUUUGACUGUAAAGGCCGGCUGAAGAUCACGAUUCAAGUUGUCCACGAGACUUGGACGGCGAAGAUUAGCCUCGAACACCACAUCAGCCAUGCUCCCUAUGAGUUUAAAUCGAGUACUGGUAGCACCAGCCCUUCUGGUGACGACGGCUCGGAACAAGAUGACUCAAUGCAAUUCCACAUCCCCAGCUUAUAGACGAUGU